GUUGACAUGAUAUUAUCCACUAGUUUUAUAGACUUUUCAAAAAAAGGAGAGAAUUUUCAAUUCUUCAGUAGUCAAAUAGAUGAAGACCGCCGGAGCGCCGCCGCAGAGAGGUGGUUCCUCUUCCUCCUCCGCCGUAUACUUUAACUGGUCUUCAUCAUCUUGUUCUUACGAUAGCUGUAGAGUUUUGGUGGUGAAGAUGGGAGGAAAAAGCAAGAAGCCUCAUCAAUCUUCUUCUUUUAAGGAGUCAGAGCCAGAACCACCGAGAAUCAAAUCCAAUGUUAAGCAUAACUUGCAGCUUCUCAAGUUAUGGAAGGAGUUUCAGAGCAGAGGAUCUGGCAUGGCUAAGCCAGCGACUAGUUACAGGAAGAAGAAAGUAGAGAAAGACGAGUUACCGGAUGAUAGCGAGCUCUACCGGGAUCCUACAAAUACGCUUUACUACACGAACCAAGGUCUAUUGGAUGACGCAGUUCCGGUUUUGCUUGUUGAUGGUUAUAAUGUGUGUGGAUAUUGGAUGAAGUUAAAGAAACAUUUCAUGAAAGGAAGGCUUGACGUUGCUCGGCAGAAGUUAGUUGAUGAACUUGUGUCCUUCAGUAUGGUUAAAGAGGUUAAGGUAGUGGUUGUGUUUGAUGCUCUCAUGUCUGGUCUUCCUACUCACAAGGAAGACUUUGCAGGGUACAGUCAUUUGGCCCUUUUCUGUCUGUUUUCGAUAUCCUUAUUUACUUUGACAACUCAAAAAGUUUUAUCCUUUUUGGCCAGUGUUGAUGUGAUUUUCUCAGGAGAAACUUGUGCUGACGCUUGGAUUGAAAAGGAGGCAAGGAAAAAUGAUCUCUUUACCCCCAAAGCCUGUUCAAAUAGACGGCUUUACGAGAAUAAUUGUUGAUGUUUCUUCAUUUCUGAUAUUGAUAGGUGGUUGCAUUGAGAGAAGAUGGAUGCCCCAAGGUUUGGGUUGUAACAUCUGAUGUCUGUCAACAACAAGCAGCACAUGGAGCGGUAUUGGGGCAUCAUAUCGAUGUUAUAAACUCGUUAUGUUCAUAUCUUGUUUUUGAUUUUGGUGACUGAUUCUUGACAGGGAGCUUAUAUUUGGAGUAGCAAGGCAUUGGUUUCUGAGAUUAAAUCGAUGCAUAAGGAGGUUGAGAAAAUGAUGCAAGAAACAAGGUCAACAUCUUUCCAAGGGAGAUUGCUUAAACACAAUCUUGAUUCUGAAGUCGUUGAUGCUCUUAAAGAUCUUAGAGACAAAUUAUCAGAAAACGAAACAAAGAGAUGACAAAAAGACCAAUCCGGAUUAUAUAAACAAUUAACAAGGCUUGGUCUCUCCAUGUAACUUCUGUCCCAAGUAAGUAAGCUAAUCUGACUUGUAAAAAACAGAGGCUGCAGAGGAAACGAGGGAGAUAGAGAGAGAGAGAGCUCAAAUGCUUUGUUAUUGUUGUAUUUGUGUCUGAAUUCUUUUUGACUAAUCUAUAUAUAGAUUCGUUUUCUUUGGUCCAAACAUAUGGUUAAAAGAUAGUUCUGAAUUUUUCUUUUAGCUUCAUGCAUAAGAAUCAUCUUAACCUAAUAACCUAUGUUUAUUAUUUUACAAUAAUGUAAAAAUGUAAAUUUUUAGUUGAAUAAUGAACCAAAUUUUUAUGUAAAAAAACUUGGAUGUUUA